GAAACAAUCCUAAGUGUAACACUUGGCAAGUGUUGCACUAACGCGUUAGUGCACUAAGUUUAGGGUUGCGGUUAAGUGGCUUGCACGAACACUUCGACGACCGCCCUAAGUCAAGUAUUCUAAAGUGGAUCGUGGCUACGAGCAGUAGCAGUUUUCGGAGGCUCUCAUUGGUAGAAAGAGAACUUCCGGAGUUCAUCCCAGGAAGUCGUGCGUCACGGCAUGUUUGGAUUCUGGGAAGUCGUCUGCUUCUGCCGUCGCACGUAAACAGUUUGUAGAACCAAAAUAAGGGAACGAUAUCUACACAGGAUCUUGUCAAGAAUGUCUCACUGACAGCUCUCAAUUGGGAACCCAUGCAGACAUAGCUUACCCUCCGACACGCAGACAGCAAACUGUUUACUCUGUGUUAAAGAAGAGGCAAGAGAUACUUGUGUCUUGGAGUCAUCACGUUCCAGCCCUUCAGAUUCACAACACCGAGAAAUGCAGCCAUCUGCAGAGUUCAGUGGUCAGCUCGUGAGAAUAAAAUUGGAACCACCUGAUGUUCCAUGUCUACCAGAAGAGGCCCAGAUACAGCAACAGCACUGCAUGGAGUCUUCAUCAGGAGGAGUGACGGCUGGGAUGUGUAAAGAAGAACCCCAAGAGGAAUCAUCAAAUGAACAUCCAAUCAUGGAAGUGAAAACUGAGCCUUACAACACUGCAGUAUUGGCAGGGCAGGACAGAAUGGGACACAGCCAUGACUCAGCAUCAGAGGGAGCAGGAGAAAGCACUGGCAUGCUUCCUAUCGAGGACCAGCCCAGAGGCACUUGCGAUCAAGCAUCUUCCAGUUGCACUUCUUCAAGUACCCAGUUUGAGAUCAGCACAACAACGGCCAGAAAGCAUCCCAACGGCAUUGCACCAGUCACUAGGAACGGUCGGCACACGGAAGAUCCUUCAGACAAGAGCGAGACUCAAGGGCCAAGCAAAUCGUCAAUGUCUAGCCACAAGAAAGAUGGGCAGUGCAACUGCAACAUCUGUUUGGCAACAUGCAUCGGCCACGUGGAACUUCAGCUCAAACCUCACAAAACGAAGUCAUUUAUGUGCCAAACAUGUUCAGCAACAUUCUGUCACGCGUCAGCGCUGCGAAUGCAUGCAAAACAUCACACGAGAGAAGAGUUGCAAAAGUGCAUGCCACAUGCACUUGCAUGCACGUCGAAGACUAGCCUGAAACGCCAGAAGAUUGUACACAGUGAUGAGUCGGAAAAGUGUCCCACCAAUCCUACAUCGGAUGCUCAGGUGGGGGAGAAGGAUCUCGGGCAUCACCUCUGUCCGGCUGCACUUGCGCAGCCUGGGAGUGAUGAGAACCACAGUAAUGAGAAACCAUUCAAGUGCAAUAUCUGUCUUGCAGAUUUCAGCGACAGCACGAGCCUGUGGCAUCACAAACGGACACACACAGUUAUGAAAGCAUACAAGUGUGAUCUCUGCCCUGCAGAGUUCAGCCGUACCUCGAAUCUGCGGCGUCACCAGAAGAAACACACGGGCGACAAGCAACACAAGUGCAGUUUUUGCCCCGCAGUGUUCCUCCAUCUCCAGUACCUGAAGACCCACGUGCGGACUCACACUGGCGAGAAGCCCUACAAGUGCGACCUCUGUCCUGCGGAGUUCAGCCUGAGCACAACCCUGCUGCGUCACAAGCGAACCCACACGGGUGAGAAGCCACACAAGUGCGAUCUCUGCCCUGCAGAGUUCUGCUGGAUCUCGCAGCUGCACCGUCACAUGCACACGCAUACGGGCGAGAAGCCCUACAAGUGCGAUUUCUGUCCAGCAAAGUUUGGCUACGGCAUGCAUCGACGGCGUCACAUGCGGAUGCACACGGGCGAGAAGCCAUACAAGUGCAAUCUCUGUCCUGCAGAGUUCAGUGACAGCACGCACCUACAGCGUCACAUGCGGACACACACGGGUGAGAAGCCCUACAAGUGCGAUGUCUGUCCUGCAGAGUUCAGCCAGAGCACCAGCCUGUCGCGUCACAAGAGGACACACACGGGCGAAAGGCCAUACAAGUGCGAUCUCUGCCCUGCAGAGUUCACUCAGAACAGGAGUCUGCGCAGUCACAAGUGGACACACAUGGAAGACAAGCCAUAAAGGAGUACAACCACUGUCCUGCAGAGUUCACUCAUGGCAAAAACUUAUGGUGCCACAAGUGGACACACAUGAACAAGGAACUAGCCAAAGUAUGUGCCUGCAACAUCAUAAGCACACACGCACUAGCUAAAGCAUUACAAGUGUAAUCUCUAAUCUGUGCCCUGCAGAUUUCAGCCAGCGCUCAUAUCUGCAGAAUCACCAGCGCGCUUGCACGCACUCGCAGACGAGAAGACCCGCUAGUGUAAUCUCUGUCCUACAGAGCUCAGCCGGAGCAUGCACUUGCAGUGUCACAAGAGUGAGAAACCAUGCAAGUGUAGUCUGUGCCCUGCAGAGCCUAGCCAGAGCACACACCAGAAGUGUCGCUAGCAGACACGUAGAGCAUGAAGCCGUACAAGUGCAAUCUGCGCCAUGCAGGCUUCAGCAGCAGCACGAAUCUGCACAAUACUAACAUGGGACACACGAUGGAAAAGCCACCAAAGUGUGACAUCUGUCCUGCAGUGUUCGACCACAACACAAAUUGUCCCACAAGCAGACACACAUGGCCGAGGAGACCUACAAGGGCUAUCUCUCUCCUGCAGAAUUCAUCCACAGUGCAAACUGAGGGCAUCACGUGCGUACCGUAUUUACCCGAUUCUAACCGUCCCCCGAAUCUAACGAGCAGGUGAUCGUUGCGUCGUAUUCAUGAAAAAAAUGUUGAAAAGUACACAUCGUGACAGACAACAGUAAUUCAUACAGCAUUACUGUCCUCGUCAGAUGUUUAUUUGUCACUAUCGACAGCUAAAAGGCAGUUCUCCCCAGUCCAGUCAAGCGCGUCUUUUACAAAUUACACAGACAAUUUGUAAUUUACAAAUUACACAGAUAGACUUUUGUGUGUAGUAAGGUCCGUAUGCCUCACUCCACACACUUCGCACGCAAAGUCUUAGAUCCUAUUAUUUUUUUGUGUUACAGAGUUUUAAAAAUCGCCCAUUAUCGAGGCGCCCGCCGACCAUAGUGCAAAGCAGAGCCCAGCAGCUCCAUGAAAUAGGUGGGACGUCACCACUUUCACCGGUUGCUCUGCGGCUCUACGUCGUAGCUCUUCCGUUCCGGUAACUUCGCCGCGUCCCUGCGCACAGGCCUCGUUGUGAGGACAGGAAACUACGCACUUCCGUUGCGCGCUUGGUACUAUGUCACACAGAGGUUGGGCGAGGAGGAGGCGAGCCAAAAGUGAAAGUAGCUCCUCACGUUCCGUAUAACCUUGUGACGUGGGAGCACAGCUUGAAGGGGUUUCAACCGUAGAACUCUCACUAGAAACCAAGCCAGCAGGGGGGGGGGCAUCUGAACAUGUGAGCCGCCAUGAUCGAUACGGUAGGCCUAGCUUGUUACGAACGGUGUCUCCUACGAGCUCUGUGCACCGUUUUUUGAUGUCGCAGCACAAGGUUUAAACCGUACGAUACUCUUUCCCUACGGAAUCCAAACGCGCAGGUGAUGGCAGACAGAACAAACACAUUUGCACACGGCAUUGCACGCGGAGCCCACCGGAAGCGGAAGCGACUUGCAUUGGAUUGGAUACCAUUGCGCCGAAUGCGCCUGGUCUUCACACGUGGAAAGGCUGUGGCCGAAUCAGACCGAAUCCACAAUAUCGAUCAUGGCACCUCCCGGACUUGGACAUUGGGAGAGGGUCUUGCCUCCUCACAACUCCCUUGCUCUCCCCCAUCACUCUCUCCCCCAGCUUUUCUUCUAGACUGUCUACUUAUGAUUUCUAUGGUUUCAACGGAGAUGUCUGGCACCCAUAAAUCUACAUUUCAACCACGAAUUCGCUUAAUAUUCGGGAUUUUAUUCACAACCGCAGACUGGGGAAGGCAUCUCCAAGUGUUAUCUUUUCAGGAUGACACGCCUUGCCGCGAGGCACGCUUCGGUUGGAUGGAUGGAAUGUAGGGGCACCCCUGGUGGGACUCUUGGUAUCGGGGGUACAGCAGCACUUUACAUAGUGUGCGGGCAUCCCAGCAACAGUUUCAGACUCCUUCGUUUAUCACUAACGCGUUCUACUGUGCUGUUAUUGCUGUUUGUGGUCCGUCGAUAGUUUCCACGUUUUUUUCAUUCUGUUCGUGUUGGCCGUGGUAAGUGGCACCUGCGUCUCCUGCCCCCAGGCGGCGUUGCUGUUCGUCCUCUAUCCUUUCCUGUCGUGUUGUUCAGUCGUCUGUGCUCUGGAUUGUAAUUUCCCUCUCUUUUUUCCUGUUCUUUGUCGUCCAUUGCCCCAAUCAGUCCUUAGUUAUUCUGAGUUCUACAUUGUAGUUCUCAUCCUCCCAGAACUCCAGGGCUUCUCGUAGCGAGCAUGUCCUGUACGCCUCUAGAGCAGCGCAUUCCAGAAUCACCUGUGAUGUAGUUUCAGUUUGUCCACUCUUGCACAGUUGGCAACAUUGAUCAAGCUGGUCAAAUUUGCUUCUGUGCUCUCUCGUCCUCAGCAUUCCACUCCUCGUCUUGAACAGCAGGCCACUCUCUCUGGAGUUGUCGUAUAGCUGAUAACACUUUUUAUGCCUGUUUUCCCCUCUCUCUAUACCUGUAACGCAGGCUUGUUCACCCCAGAGUUGUGCCUAACUCGUUACAAGUAACUCGUUACUUGAUAACUGUUACUUUUUUUGGUAAGGAAGUAACGAUUCAGUUACUUUUUAAAAUAUGGUAAUAGUAACGGAAUCAGUUACAAAAAUUGGUAACUCGUUACUGACGUUACUCGUUCCUUUUCUUCAGCACGGGGGAGCCCAUUUCGGCACUCCGUGUGGCGCAAUGCGUGCAAAUCUGACCUGCGUGACCCACGACCACGUGUGACUCAAAGUAUUAUUGCAAUCCCUCGCUGGAUGUGUUGUUGUAUUUUCUCUUGUUUCCGUAAUCUCUGACCAUCACUCCUUCCCAAGAAUGGGCACCAAUUGUGCAUUGGCUACAAACGUUUCGACUUCUAGCCUUUCCUUGUCUUUGCUGAGCUUCUGAGCGCCCUAAAUUAUGACGCAGCCCCUCGUCUGUUUUUGGGAACCGUUGGUGAUCGGUGGCACGAAUACCGGUGUCUUUUCUUGUGUUCUCAUAGUCUCCAACCACCCCCACUUCGGAAAGAAGGAAGGGUCCAAGCAAGCUGAUAUAGACUCAUGGUAAGGGGCCGCGAGACACGGAACACGAAGGACGGACGACAAAUUAUCAGACUCAGCAAAAGGUUUAUUACAAUGACCCAUACCUAAGACGCGACGCAGAGGGGCAACAAGACAAAACGAAGGGUCACUAUUCACGUUGCCACGUAUGGCGGCAUGUUUGUUGGCUCCUAACUAUGCGGCGGUAACGUAAAAGUAACUCGUUACCUGUGAGUAACGAGAACUCGUUACUUUUGUAUGUCGGUAACGAGUAACGGAUUUAGUUACUUUUUUCGGAAGUAACGGGUAACGGUAUUUAGUUCCUUUCUUUUGGUAAUGGGCACAAGUCUGGUUCACCCAUCCGUGGUUUCCAAUCUUCUGUUUCCAUGUUUCGGAUUUGUUGGUGCAAUUUCCCUUUGGUUGGCUUAAGUGAAGUCUGGUCUAUUAGCACGAUGGGCACCUGUCCAUUUUUGUCCAAGUUUUCUCGUUCGGAGAAUCCAUUUUGUACAAAUUCAUGCCAGGAUCGUGGCCUUGUCGACUAUGUGCGGCAACCUGUGGUCGGCCAUGUCAAUCAAUCUGCUCUCAUAGAAGAUUUUGCUGAAAGCCUCCCUGGCUUCAAAGAAAGAGUCCUAGAUCACUGCCUCGUUUGGUAUACGUUUGUGUCCUCUAAGGGCCAUACGACCCAUUUCCCUUUGUUUACGUUCCAGGAACUCUCUCGUGCCAGCCCAGAGCCAUUGGCCAUAUGUCAGUCCACCACUUUCCACAGUUCAUACACUACUUGCUUAUGGUUGUAGCUCCUUAGUGCCACUCUAUUUAGGUAUCCCAAUGCUCCCUUUGCUCAUAUGUCUUUUAGUCAUAUUUUGUGAACCCAGUUUUGCAUUCCUUCUAUGAUAACCCCUACAUAGGUGGACAUGUCUUGGAUCGUACAUUCUGUGUUCUCUGGGAGUGCGUUCAGGUGCACAAUUGCACGUUUUGUGGUGUUAAACUUGAGCCCUCUUUUUGAUGUGAAUUUCCCACAGUGGUUGAGCACUAUCUGUAGUUCCUCUUUUUGCUCUGAUAAAAAGGGAAUGUCUGCCUGUAGUAGUCCUGCGAUUGUUAGCUGGUGCUGUUCUCCAUUUUCCCAACAUUUUAGGUGUAGACCCAUACCUGAUUUUACGAGGCCGCCUUCUUGCUCUGCUAUGUAUACAGUCAAACCUCGUUACAACGAACUCUGAUACUACGAAUUUUCGCUUAUUACAAAGUUUUAUCUUAGUUUGGUUGGUUGCGCUUUGUUUUUUCUUAAAGGGGCACUAGGAUGCAAAAACAACUUGCUCUCAAAUGAAAGUCCGUGUUUCAGUUUGUGCAAUUCAACAAAAUUAGUUCACACAACGCUACCGUUUAGAAGGAAAAAGGCAAUGAAAACAGCCGUCUUUGGCAGCAACAAAUAGCAUCCUCAAAAGACAAAGAUUGGUGGCAUCCAAUGAAACAGCAGGAGAGGCGCGCACGUGGAUGUGUGAAUUUGGAACAGGUCCGAUCGUAGUGUUCCGUAUAUGCGCGGCAUGUUGCGUACAUGAAAAAAAUCAAAUUUGCUUGCAGUUAGUAUUCGAGAACAAACAGGGGUUGGCUGUAUACAGGGUGUUCCAUGUGUAGUGAUCCAAAAAUUUAACUUGACGCAAUUUUGGAAGGCUUUGGACAAUUAUUCAUUGAGGGGAAUUUUUUAAAUCCAACUUCGAAAAUUGCAAUGGCAACCUCCCUUUUUUUUUUUUACAGGAAUGUGAAGUCGUGCACAGAUAACUGUGCUCGACAAGAAUUAUGCACAGUAUAGCAACUGACACAGUCGGAAAAAAAAAGAAGUAAAAGUGCUGGAUCAGACCUGCCUGAUUGAUGGUCGCAAAAAAGCACGCACGAAAGGUGCGGCGAGUGUGGCGCUCACGUGGCGUUACAUCGCAGGGUGACCCACAAAUAACCUGAGGGCAGGACUACUCACAGGACCCCCAGCACAACAAAUCUACAAAAGUGCUGUCUCAGUAUUGAAAAUAGUUCCUGGGAUGGGUUACCCUACAGCCUGAGGACAAUGCCAAAACCUGUACAAAAUCGACCAUACAGCCUCACAAACAUGUGCCUAGGUAACCCAGUCACCUGUUUGCAAGUCUAUCCAGUAUCAUUCACUGCUUGUAUGUCAUUAUGAGGAAGAUGAAAUGCGCCGAACUGUGUUCCGUGAACUUUUGACCAGCAUUGUUCCUCGAAAUAAAAUGAUCAAAAUCCCCAUUAUAAAAUAAACUACUGUAAAUAAAUGUUAUCAGACUA